UGACAGCAACAGAUGGAAGACUGAGUGAGUGCGAGAGUGAGAGAGAGAGAGAGAGAGAGAGAGAGAGAGAGAGAGAGAGAGAGAGGUCCGGCAAAAUGGAUACAAUGUAACUUCAGAAAAUGACAGAACUCAAGAUCCAUCUGUGAACAGACAGAGGGGAGAAUCUUGACAGAUCCCUUCAUUUUGCUGAAAGGGAAGCCGGUGGUCUCUAAAACUGAGAGGGUGUGUGUGCCCUUCUUUGACUGCCAGAUGCACAGAUACGACAUGUUGACAGAAAGCAGAAAACGUAGACGCAGUUGUGAUGCUGAGGAGCUUCAGGUCUUGGCAAAGAGGUCUGGAGGUUAUUCCUUUCUGCCUGAGGUCGGCCGUGAUGUCUGGGACUCUGAGUCUUCCAGCAGUGACAGCAGUGGGAUCAGCAGUCCGGAGCGGAUGGCAGGAGCCAGUUCCAACAUCCAGAACACUGACCAAAGAGGACUCCAUGUAUCCCAGGCUCCCUGCAGCCCCAUUGCCCCCACCAUCUCAGCAGAAGAGCCGGCCAUCUCCUUGAGCCACAGCGUCUCAUAUGAUCACAUCAACCGUAUCUUAAAGGAAGCCCACUUCAGUAGCCUGCAAACUCGUGGUCAACAAGGGCAGACGUGACUCUUCCAGCACCCACUGGCAUUAAGGAACAAUAUACAGGGGACCUUUUAGAGGGACAUUAUGGGCCAUUUAAAGGCCUAGCACAAACAUAGUCCCUCUAAAUGCAUUUGUCUUCUUCCUUAUAGCACUUUUUCAUGUUCAUAGUGUUUAUGUGGGGCUCUACUUGAUGUGUUGACCAUGAACUUCACAUAGGUGCUAUAUAAAAGAAAUAUCUUGAAAA